AUUCCUGCGUGAUUUUAGUAAAUCAAUAGAAAAUGUGUUUCACAACCUAAAAACUCUUUGUGUUGCUUUUCAUUGAUGUAAAACCCGUGAAAUAAAAGAAAAGCUGCUCGGACAACGGACCCUGCACCGGAAGCCCGCUCCGGCUGUGGCUACGUGUAAUUUUUGGGGAAUGGCAGAUAGAAAAAAUAACCCUUCUAACAUCAAUGCUAAUUUAUUGUUCAGCGCUGAACCGGAGUUUAACUUCAGUUUGCCUUUUCUGCCAGUGAGUCAGGCCACUGGUCCGGCGGUGUUGUCAGGAGAUGAUUCCACUGAUGUUGGAGAAGAAGACAGUUUCCUGGGUCAGACUUCUAGAAAUGGACCGCCAGCCUCUACAUUUAGCUACUUUUCUAGCCCCAUAACCACCUCUGACCCAUUUGCAUCUAUUGGUCAGUCACCAUGCCCACCACCAGUGGUGCCUUCUGCUGCCCAAACAACACAUGGGCCAGUUUCUGUACCCAACAGCUUCAGCGGGGCUUCACCACCAUCUGUGAACGCCCAAAUAAGCCCUCCUCCUGCAGCAUUUGGUAGCACUGUUUACCAAAGUCCAGUGGGGAGUCACACUCCACCUCGUACUACGAUGACCCCUCCACCUCCUCACAUGCAGCAGCAGAGUCAUAACCCGUACCGACACACGCCCACCAGCAGCAGAGCCAGUCCAUACAUUCCAGCUCCAGAGAUCCUGCCACCAACACACACACCUCAGCACAACCCCUACUCUCUCAACUCCCCGCCACAGAUGUUACCUCCCCCAGGGCCUGCGUUUAUGAAGCCUCCUCCUACGCAUAUUCAAGCACCUCCAGCUCCACCCACCACUACUGGAGCUAUGGUUCCUGCAGGUCCGAUGCUGCACAAUUACAAUGUCUAUGAACCCGUUCAGCCUCAUUGGUUCUACUGCAAGCAAGUAGAAUCCAAAAACGUCUGGCUUCCUUUCAGCAUUAUCGACUCCCUUCAACUAGAGGAAACGUAUAACUCAGUUCAACCAGACCCAGAGAACGUGAUCGUACGCACAGAUGGAGGGCGUUAUGAUGUGCAGCUUUAUGACCGCACACGGACUUCAGUGUACUGGGAGGAGGACCCUACGGAGGUCCGCCGCUGCAGCUGGUUCUACAAAGGGGACACGGAUAGUCGCUUUGUCCCGUACUCGGAGGAGUUCAGCGACAAGCUGGAGGCAGAAUAUAAGAAAGCUGUGUCUACUAACCAGUGGCAUCGGAGGUUGGAGUUUCCCUCAGGAGAAACUAUCGUCAUGCACAAUCCAAAGGUGAUAGUGCAGUUUCAGCCCUCCUCCCAACCAGAUGAGUGGGGCACCACUCCGGAUGGUCAGAGCAGGCCCAGAGUCGUGAAGAGAGGGAUUGAUGACGACCAUGAUGAAGUGCCUGAUGGUGAGCUCCCCAAAGUGGAUCAUCUGGUAUUCAUGGUCCAUGGGAUCGGUCCGGUGUGCGACCUGAGGUUCAGGAGCAUGAUCGAGUGCGUGGAUGACUUUCGUAGUGUGUCGCUGAAGCUCUUGCACAGCCACUUUAAGAAACCGCUGGACGACCUCGCCGUUAGCCGGGUGGAGUUUCUGCCCGUCCAGUGGUACUCGGCUCUGCAUGGAGAUGCCACGGGGGUGGACAGGAGAAUAAAGAAGAUCACCUUGCCCAGCACUGGGCGUCUACGUCACUUUACAAACGAGACUUUGUUAGACGUUCUUUUCUACAACAGUCCCACCUACUGCCAAACCAUCAUGGACACGGUUGCUUUAGAGAUGAAUCGACUUCACGAUCUGUUUAUGAGGAGGAACCCAGAUUAUAGAGGGGGAAUAUCGGUAGCCGGACACAGUUUGGGCUCCCUGAUUCUAUUCGACCUGCUUUCUAAUCAGAAGACUGCCUCUUCAGCGCCGGUCCUGCCAAACAUACCCACAACUAAUGGAGACGCCAAACAGCCGGCAGCUCCUGUGAUGGAGCCAAACAACGCCGUUGCCUCCCCCGCUGUGGAGGAGCAGAUGAAGGAAGAGGAGGAGGUGUUUGAGGAUCUCGCAGUGAUGCUCCAACAUCUGGGCCUCUCCGAGUACAAAAGCACCUUUGAUCAAGAGAAGAUUGACAUAGAAUCUUUUCUCAUGUGCACGGUGGAGGACCUGAAGGAGAUGGGCAUCCCACUGGGUCCCAGGAAGAAAAUAGCCAAGUUUGUUAAAGAAAGACUGAAUCGACAGGCUGCAGCUCAGGAGAAGAAAGCCAAAGAGGACAGUCAGGUUGUUGUGGCGCCUCCACCAGCUGCUGAUCCGACCACCAAGAAGCUUCCCGUGGGGAAUACCGUCUCCUCCAUUCACGUCGACUACAAUUAUUUUGAAGUUGGUACUGGACAGGUUUCAGUGGCCUACCGUUCACUGGAUUUCAAGCCAGACAGUUUCUUUGCUUUGGGUUCUCCCAUCGGCAUGUUUCUGACGGUCCGUGGGCUGGAGAAGAUCGAGGAGACCUACCAGCUGCCCACAUGCAAGGGGUUUUUCAACAUCUACCAUCCGCUGGAUCCGGUGGCGUACAGGAUCGAGCCCCUGAUAGUGCCAGACCUGGACCUGAAGCCUGUUUUGAUCCCACACCACAAAGGAAGGAAGAGGCUUCACCUCGAGCUGAAGGAGAGUCUCUCCAGAAUGGGCUCAGACUUGAAGCAGGGUUUCAUCAGCUCCCUGAGGAGCGCCUGGCAGACGCUCAACGAGUUCGCCCGGGCUCACACCUCGUCCGCUCUGCAGGCAGAGUUGGCCAUCGUGGCCAAUCAAAUCGCAGAGGAGGAGAAGCACGUGCAAGAGGGUGAGUUUCCCCGAGAUCCGAGACUCUUUAGUUUUGUGGGUUUACAAACUCUCUCUCUCGCUGUAGAGCAUAAAAUCCAAGAAAUCCACGAGCCUCCCAAAGAAGAGGAGCCUCAGGUGAAGAUUGGGAUGUUAAAUGGAGGGAAUCGGAUCGACUACGUGCUGCAGGAGAAGCCCAUCGAGAGCUUCAACGAGUAUCUGUUCGCCCUUCAGAGUCACCUCUGCUACUGGCAAUCUGAAGACACGACUCUUCUUAUUCUUAAAGAAAUCUACAAAACGAUGGGGAUCCAUCCGGAACAGAUGGCUCAUUAACGCACGAGUCAUGUUUCCACCGAUUUUCAUCAUCUAGGGACUAGUUCUGUGUGCACAGAUGAAUUAUACAAUUGGUGUUGAAGUAAGAAAUGAGCGAGUUGAGAUUUCAUUUUGUAGCUAAAACAUAGAACCUGUCAAGUUUAUAAAAGUUAUCAGCAGAUCAAAGGUUACUGGAACUAACAGCAUAGGAAGAGUCUCUUUAUUUAUGGCCAGAAUGUCAUAAUAAAUCAUCUCCUUGCUUGUUUUUCUGAGCCAGCUUUGAUUUCUGCAUAUUGCUGAGAGGAAGACGUGUUUUUUGCCAGUAGAGCUGGCGGACCUCAACACACUGUACAAAAGCGGGAGAAUUCGCAAAUAAAACAGAUUGUACACAACA